GGUGACCGUCUGUCAAGCUAGCAUCUUUAUGCAACACUAAAAACGGAAAACGCGUGACGCUUUAUUUUGAAAGUCUACCUCUUCCUGGUGUGGGCUAAAAGCCGCUAAUUUGCCGGACGUGUGAACAUGCGAUCUCAGCUGUCCGGGAGGCUGAAGCCGCAGCGCCGCUCUGCCUGGUGCUGUCUCGGUUAUUCCUCGCUGCUGCUCUUGACAACAUCCGGAUUUAUUACCUCACCAUCAGAAUUCUCUGGAUCUAUAAUCGAUUAUCGAUCUUGAGCCAUUCCAGGCACCCAUAUUGGUGUAUGUGAGAUCACAGCAUGCAUUCGGUCCAGGUAGGGAUGUGGGACCCCCGGCCCCCGUCUAAACAUGCCUCGCCCCUCCCAACGCCACCUCCCUCCAGCUCGCGCCACACCCAUGUGACCACAGCCACCCCGGCCAAGCGCAUCACCUUCUACAAAAGCGGCGACAGCCAGUUUGGAGGCGUCAGGAUGGCCGUCCACAAGCGCAGCUUCAAAUGCUUCGACGCCCUGCUGGACGACCUUUCUCAAAAGGUGCCGCUGCCGUUUGGCGUGCGGACCGUGACCACGCCUCGCGGCACACACACCAUCAAACACCUGGAGCAGCUCCAAGAUGGCGGCUGCUACCUCUGCUCCGACCGGCGCCACGCUAAGCCAAUAAACAUAGAGAUGGCCAACAGGCGGCCAAACAUCUGGUACCAUCACAGCCAGAGGCCCCAUCGGCCCGACACCUCGUCCACAACGCCGCCCGGCCAUCUGCAUUUGCCCUACAGGCAGAGACGGAUCCUGCUGGUGAAGAACAGCGAGCCGGGGAUGAGGAGGAGCAUCGUGCUGAGCAGGAGGUCAACCAGGAGCCUCAGAGCCUUUCUAGACGAAGUGUCCGAGGUGAUGCAGUUUCAUGUGCGGAAGCUGUACACUGCAGAAGGCCGCAGGAUUGACAACGUGCAAAGCCUGAUGACUUGUCCUGGUGUGUUGGUGUGCGUCGGCCGGGAAGCUUUCAGUCCAAUGCUGGUGAACUUUAUUAGAAAGAGUUCAGAGGAAAAGUUACCUGGUCUGGGCAACAGGUCUCCUGGUCUUGGCCCCCGGACUCCUGGAAACGGGGCCCGAUCCCCUACUACCCAAGGAGUCAGGUCCCCUCCUCAUGGAGCUCAGUCCAGAGCCAGCGAGUACAGCGAAGGACAUGACAGCAAGAAAAAUGUGAAUUUUGGUCUGGAAACAAAAAAGAGCAUCAUCCACCCUCGAUCUGAUUCUUCAAACCGCUCCACCCGUUUCUCUUUGUCUUCUGAGAAGUCAUAUGCCAACGGUGUCAGCGCCGGAUCUCAGGCAACAACUGCUAUCACGAAUGAUGACAUCGAGAAGCGUGUCCUGGUCAAUAAAGACGGCAGCCUCUCAGUGGAGAUGAGGGUCCGCUUUCGCCUCCACAAUGACGAGGCCAUCCAGUGGUCCACACAAAUUAAAAAAUCCCCAUCUCUGACCAACGAAUAUUGCCCUCUGAGCCAAUGCCAGCCCCAUUACCUGCAGCAGGGCCAAUCAGAAAGCUGCUCUGACCCCGAUUCCACGUUGUUCGACCCAGAAGGUGUGGACUAUCCUAGCCAACCUCUGCAGUGUGUGUUGGAGUCGGACCACUGCCCCUGUUGCUACCACAGGCAGGAACAGCAGUACGAUUUGUGGAAAAAUCCCGUACACAGCCACAACCAUCAUCCUGUCCCACCCCCGCAUUCAUCCAGCCACACCCAAACUGUGGUGAGACACACUCACUCCUCUAGCUCUUCCUCUUCAUGUAAUUCAAGGAGGGUGGUGCGCUGCCGGGCACGAGUCUCCAACUGCGACUCGGCUUCAGAGCAGAGCCAGCUGGUCCAGGAAGAGAUGUGUGUGACGGAGCAGGUUGAGCACACUGUGGAGGUGGAGCAGAAUGGAGACACCCACAUUGAGGUCUGCAAGGUGAGCCAGUGCUGCAGUCAGAGUGAAGUGGUCACCAUGGACAGCAACAUUCACCCAAUCAGCAGGGAGGAAGAGGCGGAGCGUCCAUUUUCAGCCAUCAGCAGCUCCUCACGUGUGCUUCAGUUGCUUAAGGAGGACCAGGAUGAUGAGGAUGAUGAUCUGCCACCCAGCGCCUCAAAUUGUUGCCAUAGCGAUGAAGCAUCCCAGUCAAGAGCGAGUAACGUCUCAGCCAAGUCCGUCCAUUCGACCGAACAUGAGAAACAAGAGAGGAGUAGCCGGGCAGCAUCUGCAGCCUCUUCCUGUAACUGUGGAGCAGUCAGCCCACACUCAACAGCUGGAGAAGAGAUGGAUCGAGCACCCAGCUCUGCGUCUAAAAUAAGCGAAGCCAAGAUCGCAAAAUCAGACAAAGAAGGUGCAGCUGAUGAUGAGGAUGAAGAGGUAAAGAGGGCUGUUAGUGGCUUGUCUGGAGCAUCCAGUGUGUGCCCAAAUUGUGGGGGCUGCAAACGUGGAGUCAACUCCGAAUCCAACAGCAGGGCAUCGCAGAGGUCCAAUCACUCCAACCGAGCCUCUCCGAACCCAGCUUCACCUCGACCGAGACAAGAGGAUGCUAACACCAGUGAGGAUGCUGGCUCAGAUGUUUCAACACAAUCCAACAAGACCAACCUCACCAAUCAUGGACGCCACUCUGCCAUGUCAAACGUCUUGGAAGGAAGAACAUCCAGUCCGGAGUCUACAGGAAAAGAGGAAGAAAGGGCCAUCUCAGCAACAAGCCACAGAUCCCACAAAUCACACAACUCUGGUGUUGCAGCAGAAAAAGAGGAGGAAAGAAGCCCCAGCACAGUGUCCACCAAGUCCAACAAGUCUCAUAAAAGCACAACUGAAGCGCCUGACAUCAGCUCAAGAGAGGAAGCAGAAGGAGGAAACACUGCAGAAAGAGCAGUCAGCUCUUUGUCAGCCAAAUCCGGUGCUUCAGUCAAGUCUCAUAAGUCCAGCUGUCAGUCAAGUGCUAAAGCUGCAUCUCCAACUGACAACCCAGCUGUGGUGGAGGAACACAUAAACAAAAGAGCUGCCAGUAGCCUCUCUGUUAAGUCCAAUGCUUCUGCCAAAUCAGGAAAGGCUGAGAGACCAGAUAGUGUCGCAUCAGCUAAAUCAAAUGUUUCAGGAAAGUCUGGCACAUCUAACAAAUCUACUUGCAGUCACUGUGCAAAAGCUGCAUCUCCAGGUGGUAAGGCAGCAGAUGAACCCAUCAUAGAGGUGACUGAAAAUGGAGAAGGAACAGAGGGAGAAGAAAGACCAGCUAGUGCAUUGUCAGCAAAGUCUAAUCUCUCUGUCAAUUCUAAUAAAUCCCAGAAGUCUGCGAACGCUUCAGAAUGGUCACUUUCUUCCAGGUCACAAGGUGGUCAAGAUGGAGAAGUAAGGGCAACAAGUCAAAUGUCUGGAAGUUCAGUUAAAUCAAACAAAUCCGUUAAGUGUACAAAGUCAUCCAACUGUAAGUGUAAUGGCAGUGAAACGGCAGCAUCCCCAGUUUUAAAGGUAACAGAAGAGGCUGAGGAAAACAGGCCAGAAAGUAAAACGUCAGCAAAAUCAGAAAAUGAGGAGAGGCCAGCCAGUGCGGGGUCCUGCAAAUCUCACAAAUCUAACUGUAAAGAAAACACAGGAGAUGGUGAUAAAGUGGAGGACCGGGCUGCCAGUGCUUUAUCUGGUAAAUCAGCUUCCUCUGCAAAGUCUCACAAAGCCCCCAGUGCCAUUUCAGUGAAAUCACACACCUCCGCCAAGUCAAAAUCUUCAGUGAAGUCCGAUACUUCUUGCAAGAAUCCCACAAGUCCAAACGUUGUCACCAUUAAAACACCAGAAGGGGACGAUGAGAAGGGAGGUGAAACAAAAGAGAGAGCACCGAGUGCAGCAUCAGGAAAAUCAUCUGCUUUAUCACACAAAUCCAAUCAUAGUGGAACAACCAAUAUUGCUGUUAUAGAAACAGCAGAUGGAGAUGAGGAGACAGUACAUGAUGAUGCACCAAAAAGUAAAACACCUGAGCUCUCUCAUGGCCAAACACUCUCACCCAAGGCCCACUCACCCAAAUCCUCAGCUGCAUCUGCCAGAAGCUCCAAGUCCCCAGUGCAGCAGUUGUUACCCAGUUCUGGUGCUGGAGAGGCAAGAGGGUCCAGUGCCUUGUCCGUUCGCUCUGCGACCUCUGCUAAAUCUGGCAGAUCCAAAUGUCGCUGCGGAGCAAACAAAGAAAAAGAGGGAGAGGCUAAGGAGGAUGAGAAAACUAAAGAGAAUGAGGACAUGAAAAGUGAAGGAGCUUCUGGACGAGGAUCAAGGAGCACAGAGCAACCGCUGAGUCGAAACUCAUCAGGAUCAGUCUCUCUUGGGUUGCCCGAAGACCAGGAAACAGCUGAUUCAGACAGCGGUAAAUCCAGCGUUUCAUUUCGCAGAGAGACGGCAAGUAAAGUCAAGGAUCAAGUGAAGACGAUAACUCCAGAUGUUCCCAAAAGCCCAAACGAGGAUGGGAAUAGAGCAGGAUCCACUGUGUCUCAAAAGUCCAAUGGUAACAGUAGGAAAAGUGCUUCAUCUCAUAAUCCUCCAGCAGUCGACAUCCCUACUAUUGAAAUGCCAGGAGAGGGUGAAGAUGGAGGUGAUCAAAACACAGAAAGAGCAACCAGUGUAGUUUCAGUCAAAAGCAGCAGAUCUAAAAAGUCUUGUUGUAACUGUAGCGUCAAAGCAGAAGCUGAAACGCUUAACAGUAAGCCUAAGGAGAAACAUGCCGGUGGAAGUGACGCUGAAAGUGUAAAGUCUGCUUCAACUAUAAAUGCCCCCAACAAGAGGAACUCAUCUGCAAUGUCAUCAGCAAGCGCUAAAGGUCGGAGCAAAUCCCCUGCAAGUGUAAAAAAUACCAAUGUAGCAGAAACAACUGCUGCAGAUUCAGCAAAUAAUGAGAAUGAAGCCCAGGGCAUCAGUAGACCAGCUAGUGAGGCCAAAGGGGAGGAAGAAAAUGAAAACAACAAGGCAGCCAGUGUCUGUUCCAAAAGUCCCUGUAGCCUCAGACCUGAGUCAGCAGCUUCAGCUCAAUCAGACUCAAAAGGAGAGGCCUCAAAGCAGAGCAAAGGAAGCGACAACGGGAGUGUCAAAAUAAAAGAAGCCCCUAUCAAAUCCUCAAGUCCCUGUCCUUUACACGGCUCCAGACCCGGCAGCAAAUUGGAGAUGUGUAGUGAAAGCACCGUUUCUCACCCUCUGUCUGCUGCUGACCUGCUGAAGGAAGCCAUGGCUGCUGCUCGUCCACACAGCCAGCAGUCCAAAGUCAGCAAAACCAGCGACAAGUCCAGGAGCAAGAAAAGCGGGAAGAGUGGGAGAAGCAGAAACCAGAAGGAUCAGGAGGCGGCGCUGGAACUGACGCCCGCCUGUCUGCCCAACACAUCCCCGAAUGAGGUUGUUAGUGGUUGGCUGCAGAGCAUUCCUGCUAACAGUAGCAUGCUAGCUCUGGGCGAUGAAUUCAAUGAGGAAGAGGAGGAGCAGAGGGCAAAGGAGAUGGAAGAGACACUUGGAGAUGAGGUAGCAAAGGAGGAGAGUCCUGAGGAUGAGAAAGAGGAGGGAGUCGGGGCUGAAGAGGAAGACGGGAAAGAGGAUGAAGCUGAAUGUGGUGCAGCACAGAAGGAUGAGAGUUCAAAUCCAGCUUCCUCUCUGCCCAGGAACUGGCAUUCUUCUGCAGCUGUCAUGAAAGUUCUUCUGAGUUCUUCUCUGGGUCGAUGUCGGAGCUUGCCUGAAGUAUCUCCAGUUUAUGGUCGCAGACUGAGCACAUCAGCCAGGGGACUUCUGGACUGUUUGGCCCAACUCCAGCUCAUUGAGCCUGCUGUUAGCCCUGCCUGCAUCCAAAACAAGUCCCACAACCAGCAGUAUGAUGACAUUAUGGCCAUCCUUCACUCCCUCUGGCUCACUGAACCCAGGAACAAGGACACCAAGGACAACAAUGACGGUGAGCCAGAGCAAGUGACGCCACCACGAUCCUCAUCUGGGGUGGAUAUGAGCAGUGGCUCUGGUGGUUCAAGGAAGGACAAUGGAAAUCAAGGAGGAGACGAAACGCCUCCAAAAAAGACAGAAUCUCUACAUGAAGAUGAGCCAGUGGAGAAGAUUGCAGACAUGGAAACUGAGACGGAUCAAGGGGAAACAUCCGCAGACGCCGACACAGGAGAAGAAUCGGUGCAGUGCGAAGAACAAAGUGCAGUUCCUCAAAGUCUGGACAGCCCAAAAACCACAGAAAACCCUUCAUCAUCGGACAAGAGCUCUGCAAACGAUGGCUCCAAAUCCCCCACCGAUAACGAGCGAGAGACGCUGGAAGGCUCAAGCUCAGGCACUCCUCCAACUGUCCUGCGAGCACCUUUGACCAAAAGACUCUCCCAAGACCCCGAUCCGGUGUGGGUCCUUCACCUUCUGAAGAAGCUGGAGAAGCAGUUCAUGAACCACUACAUUACCGCCAUGGCCGAGUUCAAAGUGCGCUGGGACCUGGACGACAGCCUUAUCCUGGACACCAUGAUCUCAGAGCUGAGGGACGAGGUGAGCCGACGCAUCCAGAGCAGCAUCGAACGCGAGAUGAAGAAGAUCCAGGGUCGGGCUGGGAGAGGCGGGAGGUCACCCAGGCCGCCAGCAGGAGCGAACUUCUCCAGAGAGUCCACCAUGACAGAGAAGAGGCGCCGAAUGUUGAAGGUCAUGAAGAACCAGUCAGUAAAAACGGCUGAUUCUGUCAGUGAUGGAGAGACGACAGGUGAUUUCAGCGACCAACGGAGCGAUGACGAGUACUGCCCCUGUGACGCUUGUGUACGCAAGAAAAUGGCCGCCCGGCCCCUCAAAAUGAACCCGUCGGCAGCUGAAGCACCGGUGAUGAUGGAGUUUGACCUCCUCAAGAUUCUUCAGCUGAAAAAGAGCCCGGCACCGGCACCCACGACUGCACCAGAACCCGAGGAGGAGGAAAUGGAAAGUGACAACGUGGCUGUAGAAGAGGAGAGGAGUUUAGAGGUAGUUGAAGAAGAGGACGAGGAGGAGGAAGAGGAUGAAACUAAGGAGGAUAUCAAAGCGGAUGUUGUUUUAGAGGAGACAAUUGCAGAAGAAGAUGAGGAGGUAGAAGAAGAGGAAAAAGAGGGAAAUGUUGAGGACGAGGAGGAGGAAGAAGAAAGACAAACCGGAGACGAUGAAGCUGAGGAAGAUGAGAUGUCAGAAAAUGGAGAGGAGGAAGAAGAGGAAAAAGGAGAAUGCCAAUGUCAGUGUGGUGGGAAUGAAAAGGAGAGCGACAAAGAAGAAGAGGGACAGGCAGAGGAAGAGACGAGUAACAAGACAGAUAAUGAAGAGAAGGAAGAGGAGGAGAAUGAUGAGGAUGAAACAGGAGAGGACGAGGAAGAGACGGGAACCGGGGAAGAGGAGAGUGACAAAGAGACUGUAAAGGAAAUAAGAGCAGAUGAAGGAGACGCUACAGAAAAUGGAGAAGGCGAGGAGGAGGAGGAGGAUUGUGAGGCGUCUGAAUCCAAGCCUGAAGAAGAGGAAGAAACGACUGGCAGGGAAAGUGAGGAAGAGGAGGCAUCUGGGGAAACAGCAAAUGAAGAAACAGAGCAGGUGGAAGAGUUCGUGGAGGAAGAUGUCAGCAGGUCGGCAGAGGAUGAAGGUGAUGGGGAAGAUGGAACGGCAGGAGAGUCUGAGGAGGAAAGAGGCUCGCCGCAGGGCCAAGUAGUCACUCCAACCGUCUGUGUGACCGAAGGAGAGGAAGCCGACGGCGAAGACUCGGACGGCGACGGCAAACGUCCGCGUAACGACGGAGCUGAUGAAUCAGGAGCAGAAAAAGAGGAAGAUGAUGUCGUGGAGCUCAAGCCUGAGGGUAAGGAGGAUGGAGACAAAGGGGAGGACAGCGCUCUCCUGCAUCAGUUCACCAGGACCUCCGUGGAGUCUCAGCCCGGCUCGCUGGAGGACAUCGACUCAACCCCAAACCCCGUGGACUCCAUAGAAGUGCCCAAAGUGGCUAACGAUGUUUCUACCGGCGGCGGGACGGGAAACAGGAGGAGCCGCUCACCUGCCAGGGUCAAACGCCGCAAACCUAAAGAGGGAGAUGACGAACUGGAUGACUUUUAGCUCACACACAGACUCCUCAUGGUGCUGGGAAAGACUAGACUGUACAGUAAAGGUCAGAAACUCCUGUAAACUUGCUCUUUGUGCAGGUUUGAAGACUCAUUUGAACACUUGAAGCACUUUAUCAAGGUAGGAGGAGUCCCAGUGAUCUACUGAAACUUGAAACUACCACCUUAUGUCGUGUGACUGUAUGAAUUACAUUUGUUUAUUUUUGAAGCUAACUGGAUUUACAAAGGCAUAUGUCGAUAUAUUUUUGAAACAUUUUGCACCUAUGGGUGAACUAUGUGAACUCAGUUUUGUUUCCAGUGGACCACAGCUGUAUUGUUGUAUUAAAUCAGAUAGCCAUUAAUGUACCAAGUACCUCGAAGAAAAGUUAGACGUGACUGUUUCAGUAGUAUUUGACAGAACCGGUGUUUCAGUACGUGGUUUAUCAGUUCUGUGUUUAUUUCUAUUUGGUCUCAUUAACCCUCCUGUUGUCCUGCAGGUCAAAAUUGACCCAUUUUAGUUUGAAAAUGUGGGGAAAAAAAUAUUUUCGCAGUGAAACUUCUGAUGUCCACAUUUUCAAUAUUUUUGGAAAAUCUUUGAACAUUUUAAGAAUAUUCACAUAAAAAUCAACCCAAAUCAAGCGAAUUUUG